AUGGAUUGUCAUAUAUGUAAUGAUGUGAGUGCAACAAGUAUAAUGGUACAUUUGGCAACAAUUGAAGAAGAUAUUGAUGAGAUUAAUGACGAUGAUGAUGAUGACCCAUUGGAAUAUACGAUUAAUAAAAUUAUGGAUAAUAAUGACUUUCCAUUACGUUUACAAUAUAAGACACAUGUACAAUAUAUUAAAAAUGAUAUAAAUGAUGAUAUACAUCAAAUAAAUAAUGAAACAUCAAUAGAAUCUACUACAACAACAUCAUCAAAUAAUCAUUUUAGUAAUCACAAUACAAAUUCACAUAGUAAUAAUACAACUAUUGUUCCAUUUAUCUUUGUUACACAUGACAAAAUUAGUCCACAAUUCGAAUAUCAAUCAUCUAGGAUGGAAACAUCGACAAUGUCAUCUAUCAACGCGGAUAACAUAAGUUUAAAAGAUUAUUUCGAACGAACUUCUUGUCCUGGUUCACCAACCUUACCCGAUAAACUUCUAUCAUCAGCAUCAACUACUGCUACUUUAUCACCUCCUGGAAUUCAUUUAGUAGCUAGUAGUACUAGUAUAACUAGUAGUGGUAAACGACGUGGUCUUGGUUUAAGUGGAGUUCAUCGAGCUAGUUAUAAACGUGCACAUACAGGACGAUUAUCUCUUGAUCAUACACCAUAUGAAUUAUUUAUUGAAUUACAAGAAUUAAGACAAGAUGAAAAUAAUGAAUAUACAUGGCAUGAAUGUGCCAGAUGGAUUCGAUAUGAAGAAGAUUAUGAUGUUGAAAUGGAACUAUGGCAAGCUCCACGUGUUGGUUGUUUAAACUUUCAUAGUUUACUCGAAUUACGUCGUGGUUUACAAUAUGGAAUUGUAUUACUUGAUCUUGAAGAACAAAAACUUGAAUGUAUUUAUGAAGCUAUUAUUAAUGAUGCUAUUGCUAAUGGACAAAUGAAUAAAGAUGUUAAAGAUGAACUUCUACGACUUUUAACAAGCAAUCAUAAACAUCCUGAAAUUCGUUCAUUUCGACGACGAUCAUCAACACUAGAUUUUCCACCAUUAACAACACGACGAUCAAGUUUAGCAUUUCGAAAAAAUGAACAAAAUAAUAAUGAUAAUACUAAUACACGACGAAUGAGUCUCUUAGAAUCCAAAGUAAAUGGUGAUAUAAAUAAAACUUUAAAAACUCUUAUUGUUCAAUAUGAUAAUAUUGCUGAAUCAAUUGUAACUGAUUUACAUACAAAAAUAAAUUUAUCCGAUGAAUUUCAAGCCAAUAUUGAAAAUAAUAGUAAUGAAAAUAUUAAUCAAAUUCAACGACCAUCUGGACCACAAGCUUUUUCUUUACAUCGACCAUCACAAAGUUUAUCAAAAAAAAUUCGUGAAGCAACUCCACAUAAAUCCGAUGUAAUGCGAUGUAUUCCAGAUAAUGCUGAAUGUGCUGAAGUAUUAAUUGGUAGUAUGCGAAAUUUAUCUAGACCUAUUAUGGCAUUUGUACGUCUUUCACAAGGUCAACUUAUAAGUAAUAUGACUGAAGUUCCAUUACCAGUUCGUUUUCUUUUUUUACUUAUUGGUCCAACUAUGGAUGAAUAUUUAGAAAUUGGUCGUGCACUUAGUACAUUAUUUAGUACACUUGAUUUUCGAGAAACAGCUUAUCAAGCAAUGGAUCGUCGUGAUUUACUCAAUGGUGUAAAUGAUUUUCUUUCGGAUUCAAUUGUUUUACCACCAGGAGAUUUUGAUAAAGAACUUUUAUUACCUAUAAUUGAAACAGCAAGAUUAAAAAAAUUGAAUGCAAAACGACGUUCAACAAGAGCACGAUCACAAAAUAGUGAUCGACCAACUGAUCAAGAACAUCGACCAUCACAAGUUAUAUUAUCUCCAAUAUCUACUUUAUCACAUGAUAAACCAGAUGAAGAUCCUUUUAAACGAAGUGGUUAUAUAUUUGGUGGUGUUUAUCGUGAAAUGUGUCGACGUUAUCAUCAUUAUAAAUCAGAUUUUAUUGAUGCUUUUAGUCUUAAUUGUCUUGUUAGUCUUAUAUUUAUGUUUAUUGCAUGUCUUGCACCAGCAUUAACUUUUGGUGGUAUUAUAGCUGAUAAAACUAGCAAUAGAUUAGGUGUUAAUGAAAUGUUAAUUGCAUCAUCAGUUAGUGGUUUGUUAUUUGGACUUGUCAGUGGACAACCAUUACUUAUUCUUGGACCUACAGGACCUUUUCUUGUUUUUGAAGAAAUGGUCUAUGAUUUAUGUCAAUUAUUACCAUCAGAUUUUUGGACAGUUCGUUUAUGUGUUAGUCUAUGGACAACAUUUUUUAUAAUUAUACUUGUCGCAUUUGAAGGUAGUUUUAUGAUUCGUCAUGUAACACGAUUUACUGAAGAAAUAUUUGCACUUAUUAUUGCUCUUGUUUAUCUUUAUGAACCAUUUAAAAAACUUUAUACAAUAUUUCAAUCAAAUCCUGUACUAUCAAAAUAUAAUUAUAAUUAUCCAUUAACUUGUUCUUGUAAUAUAUCUUCUCUAUUAAAUACAUCAUUUUCUAUUAAAAAUAAAAAAUUAUCAUUAUUAAAAUAUUCAUGUUAUGAUUGUUUAUCUUCUCAACGUUAUAUAUCUUCUACACCUUCAUUAUUACGAAUUAAUGAUACAAAAAUACUUAAUGAUGAAACUCAAUUACCAAAUAAAGCAUUACUUUCAUUAAUUAUUCUACUUGGAACGUGUUUUAUAGCUCUUGCACUUAAACGUUUUCGACGAAGUAAUUUUUUUGGUCGAUCAACAAGACAAACAUUGAGUGAUUUUGGUAUGACUAUUUCUCUCCUAUGUAUGGUACUAUUCGAUAUACUAAUAACUAAAAAUGCUGGUGGUCAUAGUUUAACUCAAAAAAUUACUGUACCGAAUUCCAUUCAACCAAGUGAUCGUGAACGUGGUAAUAUUUGGCCUAUAUCACCAUUACGUAAACGAUUACCAUUUUGGGUUUAUUUUGCAUCCUCAUUUCCUGCUAUUCUUAUCUCUGUAGUUCUUUUUUUUGAAGUUGAAUUAACUAGUAUUAUGAUACAAUCAAAACUUAAAUGUGUUCAUACAACUAAAGCUGUUAAAGGUACCGGUUAUCAUUUGGAUAUAUUGAUAGCAGGUGUUUUAAUAUCUAUCAGUGGACUUUUUGGUCUUCCAUGGAUAUGUGCAGCACCUGUACGAAGUAUUGCUCAUGUAGCUAGUUUAUCAAAAUAUAGUAAAACUCAUGCACCAGGAGAAAAACCUCGUCUAAUUGAUAUAAAAGAUCAACGUUUAACAAAUAUAGGUGUACAUAUUCUUAUUGGUUGUACGAUAUUUGCAGCACCUAUUAUUCGUAAAAUUCCUGUUGCAGCUUUAUUUGGUAUUUUUUUAUAUUUUGGUAUUGUAUCCAUAUCUGGUACACAAUUAUUUAGUCGACUUAAAAUGAUGUUUAUUCCAACAAAAUAUCAUCCAAAUGUUGGAUAUUUAAGACGAAUUCGUCAAAUGAAACGUUAUGCAUAUACAUUUAUACAAAUAGGAGCUGCCGGUUUAUUAAUAUCAAUAAAAGUUACGAAUUUUGCUUUUUUAUUUCCAUUUAUUCUUGUUUUACUUGUACCAUUUCGUAAAUGGUGUCUUCCAUUUAUUUUUACUGAUCGCGAACUUACUGAACUCGAUGGAGAUGAACAACAAGACAGUAUUUUUGAUGAUGAAAUUGAUUUUUAUGGUCAAGUUCAUUUACCAAUUUAA